GUAUUACGCCUGUGUAUCAUAAUAUGUUUGCUUUAAUGAGUGAAACAGAAAGGAUCUGGUAUCCACCCAACCAUGUCUUCCACAUAGAUGAGUCAACCAGGCAUAAUAUACUCUACAGAAUAAGGUUUUACUUUCCUCAUUGGUACUGCAGUGGCAGCAACAGAACCUACAGAUACGGAGUGUCUCGUGGGGCUGAAGCUCCUCUUCUUGACGACUUUGUCAUGUCUUACCUUUUUGCUCAGUGGCGGCAUGAUUUUGUUCAUGGAUGGAUAAAAGUACCUGUGACUCAUGAAACUCAGGAAGAAUGUCUUGGGAUGGCAGUGUUAGACAUGAUGAGAAUAGCCAAGGAGAAGGACCAGACUCCAUUGGCUGUCUAUAACUCUGUCAG